GUCCACAGACACCAGACUGAAGAGGAAGACACACCAUCACUCUGAGUCCAACUGAAGCCAACAUCACUUGGUUCCAAACAGUUUUAGAUUAUGGAGCAGAGACAAACCAUUAAUUUCGGCGCGGGGCCUGCGAAACUGCCGCAGUCGGUGCUGCUCCAAGCACAAAAGGAGCUCCUCAGCUACAGCACCACUGGCAUCAGUGUUCUGGAGAUGAGUCACCGAUCAUCAGACUUCAACAAGAUCCUGAACAAGACGGAGAGUCUGAUGCGAGAGCUGCUAAAUAUCCCAGACAACUAUAAGGUGAUGUUCCUGCAGGGGGGCGGGUCUGGACAGUUCAGCGCUGUUCCUUUGAAUCUGAUUGGCCUGAAGGAGGACAGGUGUGCCGAUUACCUGGUGACUGGUACAUGGUCGGCCAAAGCUGCCAAAGAGGCGGAGAAGUACGGCAAGGUCAACAUCGUCCAUCCCAAGUUGGAUAGUUACACAAAAAUCCCAGAGCCCAGCAGCUGGACUCUGAACCCCUCCGCCUCCUACGUCUACUACUGCUGCAACGAGACCGUUCACGGCGUCGAAUACAACUUCACCCCUGAAACAAACGGGGUGGUCCUGGUCAGCGACAUGUCCUCUAAUUUCCUGUCCCGACCGGUGGAUGUGUCCAAGUUUGGACUGAUUUUUGCCGGAGCUCAAAAAAAUGUGGGUUGUGCCGGAGUGACCGUGGUCAUUGUGCGAGAGGACUUGUUAGGACACGCCCUCAAAGAGUGUCCCAUCGUCCUGGACUACAAGGUGCAAGCUGAAAUGAACUCGCUGUACAACACGCCACCAUGUUUCAGUAUCUACAUUAUGGGCCUGGUUCUGGAGUGGAUCAAGAACAACGGCGGCAGUGCUGCCAUGGAGGCUCUCAACAAGCAGAAGUCGUCUCUUAUUUAUGACAUUAUCAACAGCUCAAAUGGUUUCUAUGUGUGUCCCGUGGACACAGCGUGCCGAAGCCGCAUGAACAUACCGUUUCGUCUAGGAAAGAAAGAAGGGGACGAGGCCUUGGAAAAGGAGUUUCUAGAUGGGGCGUCCAAACGUGGAAUGAUUUCACUCAAAGGACACAGGUCAGUGGGGGGAAUCCGUGCAUCCCUCUACAACGCUGUGACACUGGAGGACACUGAAGCCCUGGCCAGUUACAUGACAGAGUUCCUGAAAGAUCACCUUUAAAAACACCACUCAUGCAGACUGUUUGCUGUAAAAAAACAACAACCCUUUGGUUUAUGUUUAGUGUGAGAUCCAUGUUGGAUCUGGAAGGUGUUCCUUUAGACACAUGUUUUGUAACACCCUUUCACUGUUCCUGGAGCUUUAACCACUGCUGAUGCCAGUACUGUCUGUCUUAAACCUGUGAUUCCUAGAUAUUUUACAAACUUGUUAACUAACACGGUUUAAUGUACAUAUAAUAGGUUAUUCUUGUUACUUGUAUAUUUACAUUCCAGUAAACAUAACCUGGCGAUUUGUCAAUUCUCUUAGAUGCUCUUUGAUAGUUUAAAGGUAUAAUUUGUAAUAUUUCUACUAUCAUGGAUUAAUAAAGUAACUAAAUGCAU